AUGACCCUCAUCCUGGGCCUGGACGCAGUCAACGACGACAAAUUCACUCCCUGGGCAACAUCCCAGAAGGUCCUGGGCCUGGUAUUCAACACCAUCGCUGGUACAGUUUCGAUUCCAGCUGACAAGAUCGUCAAAGCCCGCGCUCUCGUCACCGACGCCUACAAUACGCGCGCUCUAAGCCGCAAUCAGUAUCGAUCUCUCCUGGGCUCCUUUCGUCACGUCACGACUUGCAUCCGACCGGCCAAGGCGUUUCUCCAACGCCUACGCGCGGCAGAAUCCAAACUAUACCGAUGGACUUCGGUCCCUAUGACACCUCACAUGCGAGAGGACCUUGCUUGGUGGAGAAUCAUCCUCAACUCACCCACCCUCAAUGGCGUCCCCCUAGAAUACUUCCGUCACAGCCCUCCUUCCGACUUUACAAUUGAAAUGGAUGCAUCCGACACGGGCCUAUGCGCCCUUGACCGUGCCCACUGCCGGGUACUCUCUUACCGGUUCUCCGAGACCGAACUAGACCUCAUCCGAGUCUUUAACGCCGACGCAUGCAACGAGUUUGACAUCAACUAUCGCGAGCUACUCUCGUCGGCGUCCCAGUGGCGGCGCAAGUCCAACACGUAUCCGAUUUCAGGGUUCCAGCAGGGCUAUGGAUCAGGCCGGCCGGUCCGUAGCGCCACGAUCGCGAACAACUUGAUGGGAGUCCGCCACUUCUUCCAGGCGUCGAGACAACACUUCCCAGUUGACCAUCCACAGGUCCGCAUGCUCCUCAAAGGCAUCAGCCGCCUGGAUAGCCCACCAGAGCGCAAGGCUCCCGUGUCGAUCCAGCUGCUGGAGGCGUGCUUCGCGUCCCUCAACCUUGCUUCCUUCUCGGACCAAGCCUUAUGGGGGUUCUGUGACGUGGCCGUCUUCGACCGAGCUGACAACGCUACCCUGGACGCGAGCGCAGCAACAACAGUGCACAUCAGGCUCCGCGGAUCCAAAACCAACCAGGCAGGGCAAGCGACAACUCGCAUGCUACGACGCUCAGGUCAUCGCUUCUUGUAUCCGGCCCGAGGGGCGCUCCUUCUCCUACGAUCGCGGCGAUCACUGCCAGCCGAACUGCCGGCGGCCAUGUACAUGUCCCGCUCGGGGGAGCCCAGCUCAAUAUCGGCGCGGCAGGUGGCGAACACAGUCCAGGACGCGGCAAGACGCAUCGGAUGCGACCCACACGAGUACAGCACACACUCGCUCCGGUCGGGAGGGGCCACACACAUGUACCACGCCGGCGUGGACGCCCUGAUCAUCCGGUUUUAUGGCCGUUGGGCAUCGGACACCUUCAACAUAUACACUCGGCUCUGCCGGGAAUCGGUAUCUCGUCUAGCCGCAAGCAUGGUAAGUGGGGUGAAAUCUGCAACAACUCUCCAGUGA